AUGGCGGCCAGGAUGCCCGUCAACCCGCCCGACGGUCGAUUAGAGUCGGCUUUGACGGACUUUCUGGCUUCCCACAACAUCUCGGCAAACCAGAUCCGCAUUGACCACCAGCGGAGAAGACAGCAGGCCCAGGCAGAUGAUGACCAAGCUGCCUCUGGCCCUUCAAAUGCCGCUGCAAACGGUGCGGAUGGUGCUGACGAUGGUGCCGACGGCGCCGAUGCUGCGCAGGAGGACCCCAAGAAGAGCAGAAAGCGUAAGCAGGAGACGGAAAAGGCCAUCGAGAAGAUCAAGGCUUCCAAGCGCUUCCAAAAGCGCAAGAAGCGACUUCAAGGCUCUGACGACGAGGAUGACCUGAUCAAUGAAUUGCUGAAGAACAGCGGCCCUGCUCCUGGUCAGAUGGAGAACUGCGAGAUUUGCAGCGUACGCUUCACCGUCACACCCUACUCCCGCGCCGGCCCGGACGGCGGCCUCCUUUGUAAUCCUUGCGGCAAGGAGAUGCAGGAGGAGGAGGGCCCAGUUAAGAAGAAGAAGAAGGCUGCCGCGUCCGGCGGUGCCAUUGGUCGGCGCCGCAAGACUCAAAGCAACCUCCUCGAUGGUACUUACACGCUAGGGGCCAAGAGCCUUAUGAGUCUCUGCAUCGAGACUCUCGCCAAGAACAUCGAGCUUGCAGAUGACCUGGGCGAAAUGCCUCCACAGAUCAUCGACAAGAUUGCCCGCAUGCUCUCAAAGAAGCGUCUGGUCGACCCUAACACCCUCAAUCUCUUCCUCCAGCCGACGGCUCAAGACGUUUCCAUUUACGAUGGCGCUAAGUUAAGCACCGAUGACUUGAUACGCGUCUUCCAGAUGGUUCCGGCUGUGAAGAAUCUCAAGAUCCGAAAUGCCAUCCAGUUCAAGGAUGAGGUCAUGGAGUACCUCCUCUCGCGAGAUAAGGUCGACCUUGAGGGCUUGUACAUACACGGUGCAAAUCUCCUCAGCGCCGAGAUGUGGAAGAAGUACUUGACUACCAAAGGCAAAUCCCUUCAGAGAUUUCAGAUCUACUACACGGACAAGCACUUCGACGACGAGUGCAUGACUGCACUCAGGACAGCUGCCCCAGGAUUAAAACGCCUCAAAGUCUACAACAACCAGCAGGUCAGUGGUGACGGCAUUCGUGAGUUGGCCCACCUGAAGAAGCUCCAGUACUUGAGCAUCCACCUCCACAAGCAUGUGCAUUCCGACGUCUAUGUCGAGGUUCUGCGCAGCGUUGGUUCAGGCUUGAGGACGCUGUCCCUCCGAUGGACACCAGAGUUGGACAACACCGUCCUCGACGCCAUCCAUAGCAACUGCCACAAUCUCUCCAAGCUGCGCAUAACUGACAGCGAGGUCAUGACUGAUGCCGGUUUCGCGCGCCUCUUCACUGGUUGGCGAAACCCCGGCCUCACCUUCAUUGAUUUCCAGAAGUGUCGACAUGUUGACUCGCAGAAGCCACGCGACAAUCCCGAUGACAUCGGCCUGUGCUCUGAGGGAUUCAAGGCUUUGAUGGCCCAUUCUGGCAAGUCUUUACAGAAACUCAAUCUGCACGCCUGCCGUCACAUCUCAAAGCAGGCAUUCGAUGAAGUAUUCAGCCUCGAGAAGAUUUACCCGGAGCUCAAGUCCCUGGAAAUCAGCUUUUGUGAGGAGGUCAACGACUAUGUGGUGGGAAGCGUUUUCCGCAGUUGCCCCAAUCUCAGAGAGUUGAACGUCUUCGGUUGUAUGAGGGUCAAGAAUGCAAGGGUGCCAAGAGGUAAGAUACUGGUGGGUGUGCCCAAUGCUCUUGGAAUGAUGAUAGAGGGCCAGGACUGA